CGCGACUCGCAAAGUCGGUGGCCGCGUUGCUGAGGGGACAUCGCUAUCGGGAGAAGUGACGGGGGAGAUGGCAGCGGUGCGGGUGGCUCUGCCGGCCGGCGAGAUGGUUUGGGUCUGCAGGAGAGUAGACACGGAGCCCACCCUGGACCACAAGGCUGUGGACGCAUUCCUGGUGGAGCUGUACCGCUGCCGGCGCUGCUUCUUCACCAGCUGCGUUACCGCCACCAUGCAGGACCACCUCCACCAAAACCACAGCGAUGGCUUGGCCACGACACCACAACCGGCACCACCAGCACCAGCACUGAGCGAAUCUCCUUCUUCUCCCACUUCCAGGGUAUUGUCAUCGGCCGAUCCCGAGCCGUGCGGUGAUACCGACGCGGCAUCGGCUGCCGAAAGGUUUUCUUCCGGAAUGGAUGAAUGCGGAGGAUCUUCCGCAGACACGGCUACCGAUGGCACGGUGGCGAUCGGCUCGUGUCCCGUCAGGGAAGACGCGCCGCAAUCUCCGCAGCGGCACGCAGCCAUUGAACACGGAGAAGAGGACGCUUCACUCAAGGCGUCGUCUGGUUUGAGUGUGGCCGGGGAGGCGCCGCCGUGCGGGAGCCAUUCGGAGCUGGGAGACGACCUCGAUCGCGAGGAGUGCAGGCUGACCUUGACGAAGGGCGAAAGCGCUGGCAGUAGUAAUCUGCAGGUCGAGUGCAGGGGCAAACACCAAACAGGCGUUGCUCUGGAAAAUGAGCAGGCCGGCAGUGGGAUGGAGUCGGCAGUAUGCGGCCCUGAAAACCUGGAUCGCAUUUCCCGCGAGGUCGACCGGAUGCUGCGCUGCCUGAGCCCCGCAUCGUGUGAGAUGAUCGGCCUGGUGGGCGGCUUGCCACGACGACGCCGACGACGCCGGAUUCUUCGAGGCGAUGAUGGAGGCCGCUCGGCCGCUCCCGAGGUCGAGGGACGAAGCGGAGGAGACGGACGAGGCGGACGAGGCACAGUCGGAGCACCUUUUCUCGCUUGGCCUCUGCCGUACGUCGGCGAUGGCUCGGCGGCCCCUUGGUGGCGAGCCCGGCGUGAAGGUGCGGUGCGCUCCGCCAAAUGUGGCGUGUGAAGGCGCAGGAUUGACUGUAAAGACAUCUGACGUCUGUGUGGAGCUGGGCGGCCAGGGGCCUAUCCCUGAAGUGGAAAAGAAGAAUGUAUUCUUUGCGUUGGAUGCCGUGGGUGGAAAUACAACAGCGGCUGAACACGAAGAAGCAGAAGACGGAGAGGAGGCGUGCUACUCUUCCUUGGUUGUUGAUUUAUCAGCCAGCGCGAGUGCAAAGAGGAAGAGGGCCACACGCAGAACUUCAUCCCCGAAAGACUGCCCACCUGCAAGCCACCCUCGGCGCAAUGUCAAAAAGUCUUGUGCUAAGUCAGCUGCUAAUAAGAAGAAAAAACUGGAGAGAAAACCCGUUAAGUUGGGGCUAACGCGCGUAUCACAGAGGCGUGCUCAUACUUCACAGCCCGCCGUUAGCAGCUGCUCUGAGGCUGCCACCUUCAUGGACCCGUGUUUCCUCAAGGAUCACACGGAUUGGGUUGUGCGUAACGUACACCAGCAGUUGGACAGGAAACUGCCGGAGCAAACUCUCAACUGUGCAACUGUCUGCAUCCCAAGGAGGCAGCAGCAGCAGCACAACAGGCGAUGUGGUGGAGCGAAAUCGGGGAAACGAUUCCGGUGCUCGGAGUGCCCACGCAUGUUUGUGAGCGAGCCUCUGAGAGACGUUCAUUUGGUGUGUCACUGUCCUCAAGGAUUCCAGUGCUGCUAUUGUGACUUCACCGGUCGCAAAUGGAAGAGGAUGCGCAAGCACCUGCUGACCCAUGACCUCGUUUCACUGGUCUGGAGCUCGGACUCGCCCCGUGUGCCGCGCCUGGCCACGAGAGGGCAUCCGCCUCACGGAGGGGCAUCCCUUGGUGCGCCAUCGGUUCACGCUCGCGUUCAGAGCCGCCCUCCUGAGAGCGGUGAAGAUUCGCGUGUCUCUACGAAGCCACACUCUGACCGCACUUUCAGGUGCACCGCCUGUGGCAGGGAGUGCUCAAGCAGGCAGGCACUUUAUCGGCACGUGAAGACGCACACCAACGAGAAGCCGUACAUCUGCUCGCAGUGCGGCCACCAGACGCGGCUCAAGGCCUCACUCGACAUGCACAUGCGCACGCACACAGGUGAAAAGCCCUUCCAGUGUGAACUUUGCCCAUACAGCAGCUCGGACGCCAGCUGUCUGCGACGACACAAGCGCACGCACGCCUCUGAGAAGCCCCACAAGUGCACGCUCUGCUCCUACACGUGCAUCCAAAAGAAGUGCAUGGACACUCACAUGCGGCGGACGCACACUGGGGAGUCUCUAAGUUGCCCGCGUUGCCCCUUCUCCACGUACAACCGCCAAAGCCUGGGCCGCCACCUCGCUCGCCACCGCUCGUCGGCCAAGCAACUGCCCCGCUCGGAACUUCCACCGCACGUGCAGAGCACGCAGGCGCGUCGGGCGCGGUGGCCGAGCGCGGACACGUGGGGGCGACACCGGCCACGACCAACCCCAGGACUUUGCGUCAGAGAAGGUGGAAGUGCAGGUGGUCGCCGAGUGGCUGACGGGAACGAUUUAAAGCCGGCGAACGUGUUUUAUCUUUCGAUUUAAAGCUUUCGUGACUGCAGGGAUUCAUCUUCUUGGUUCUUUCGGUAAAGUCACGUAGAAGGGAAAUAAUAAACAAAAAAUGUAAACGUAUUAAAAUAAUAAAAUAAUUAUCGUCUGACGCUGUCUUUACGACAGAUCUGUUCUUAACCUGAGGACGGCUGCUUGCGUUGUGGCCGAAACGUUGUGAGAAUUAUUUUAUUUUAUUAUAUUUUAUUUUUAUUAUUUUAUUAUUUCCCUUCUACGUGACUUUACCGAAAGAACCAAGAAGGUGUUUUAUCUUGGUGAUCUGAGGAGGUGGAGUUAAUAAGGGCUUAAUGAGGAUGGUUUGGACACCGCGCUCCGCUGUAAAUGAAACGCUGCAAGUUUUUUUUUACUCUCUUCAGUUCUCUAGUCACCGAUGUUUGACAUUUGUAGACAUUUUAGAUGUUUAUUAUUUGAAUUCCAAGGCAUCGAUGCAACAGAGGUCUGUCGUUCACACUUAUCAGGAAAUACAAGCUCUUGGAUGAAGAGGCAAAAUCUUUCCACGCUCUCCUUUUGCGUGGUUUGACAUUAGUCUUCACAGGUGACGUCGCGUUCAUGAACUAUUGUUACUGAGCAAUUGGUUUGUGGGUACAGACACGCAGGACACCACAUGGUGACCCCUCAUGGAUCUGCAUCGUCUCUGCCAAGCGAAAGUGCAAGUGAAACAGCUCUCGGGUUCUCUUUAUCCACUGCCGGUAAUGCAGUACACAUUGUCUGGAAUAAAGUACAUAGUCUGUAAUGCGGUAUACAUAGCAUCUAAAUAAUGUACAUAUUCUAAUAAAGUGUACAAAGCCUGUAGUGUACAGCAUUCUGGGUUCUCCUGUCACUUCAACGGAUGCAUGUUCAGCUAUUGUUGGCUUUCAUCCUGGUGUUUAUUUUCACGGCUUGCCAAGUGGGAGACAAUUCCGAUCUUAGGCUUGCAAGUGCUGUUACAUAUCUUACAAGUGUGUGUGGGGGGGGGGCGGCUUUGAAGCACUAGUUUUAGGAUGCACUCUUUUCUUCUGCAGAGACCUGGCACGACCCUCAGCAGUGGAUAGAACAUUACAGUACAGGUCUGUACAUCUGCGUCUGUUCAGUGCGACGAGUUCCCGAGUUUGAAUAUCUCGCGUGCUUUGAAGUUUGAAGUGGGUCACUUUGCUCGGUUGGCUGCAGAGCACCAGAUUUGAAGCUUUCGUGACUGCAAGGAUUCAUAUG